UGUGGACUUUGAAGUUAAUUGCACAAUUUCACUUCAAUUCUUAUUUUAAGCACAGUUUGUUGAGCACCUGAGCCAAUCCACAAUAAAUAUACUUGUAUAAUUGUAUUUUCGUACAAGAUUAAUCUUACCCUAAACUUAGAAAUCAAAAUCUUCUUAUAUCCUUUACUUGAUAUAUAUAGUUUACACAAUUCUGCCAAAAAAAAAAAAAAAAAAACCCAGAAAAAUUGCAGAAGAAAAAUGGAGAAGAAAUUGAUGUAUGUGAGAGCAGAAGCAUCGAAAGAAGUGAAUAAGAAUACAGAGUGGAUGACAUAUCCAGGUGUAUGGACUACCUACAUUCUCAUUCUCUUCUUCUCAUGGCUUCUUGCUCUCUCUCUCCUUGGUUGUUCUGCUGGCAUGGCUUGGACCAUUGUUCAUCUUUCUCAUUUCCUCGUCACUUAUCACUGCUUUCAUUGGAAGAAAGGCACACCAUUUUCUGAUGAUCAAGGUAUCUACAAUGGGUUGACUUGGUGGGAGCAGAUUGAAAAUGGCCAGCAGCUUACUCGGAAUAGGAAAUUUCUCACCGUUAUUCCUGUGGUAUUGUACUUGAUUGCAUCGCACACAACCGACUAUCAGAACCCAAUGCUUUUCUUCAACACUCUUGCAGUUUUUGUGCUUGUGGUUGCCAAGUUCCCUCAUAUGCACAGGGUUCGUAUAUUUGGAAUUAAUGGAGAAAACUAAUCAAAGAUUCUCUGUUUAAACACUUCCAUAGUCUGCUAUUGUAUGAUUCUUAAUUGUUUUGCAUAUAAUGGUGUCAUUUUUAUAAUGGAAAGGGUGCAUAUCCAAAAUUUUGGCUAAGUGGUCAAUGGCAAUAUAAAUGUCUAGCGCAGCUUUUACGCUUUCUGGACGGCCUUUGUCUGAUUGCAUGAACUUGUUCCUCAUGAAAUAAACAUGUUUGUCUAUUUAUGUCA